AUGUCGUCGAAGAAGACUGGUUCGAAAGGGCGGCCCCGGGGAGGACGUACUCAAUUGAUAAGAACAAGUCCUCGUCGUGCGGACGUUGCAAUACCUGUAAUCGGUGAGGAAACCUUGGUUGAUGUUCCGAUGCUGGCUGGCUCUCCCCCUAAUCAAGGUCGUCGUUCUCCCUCAUCGGUGGCAAAGGAUGGUGACUAUAAGGAAGCAAGAUCGAUGACCUCUUCUUCAGAAGAGGAGAAGCUUUGCUAUGAGAUUAGGAGUCGUACCCGGGGGAGAUGA